AGUAGCCUUUUCACUUCGCCUUCACUCAGCAUUACAAGCUUUCAAAAUUUGCAAACAUUUAGUUUGGAAAGUGAGGCCUCUGCUGGCAGCUGUGAAGGAACAAUGCCGAGCCUUGUGAACCCGGAGGUGGAGCUGGCGGUCCGAGGCUUCAUUCUCGACCAGGAGAAGAUGGCCGAGGUGGUGGAGCGCAUGACCAAGGAGAUGAAGAUGGGCCUGGCCAAGGACACGCAUCCGCGGGCGGUGAUCAAGUGCUUCGUGAGCUACGUGCAGGACUUGCCCACGGGCAAGGAGCGUGGAAGGUACCUGGCCCUGGAUCUCGGUGGCUCCAACUUCCGGGUGCUGCUGGUCAACCUGCGAGGCGAAAGUGACGUGACCAUCAAUUCGAAGAGCUACGACUUUCCAAAAUCCCUGAUGACUGGAUCGGGCAUUGCUCUCUUCGACUUUUUGGCCGAAUGCCUGGCGGAGUUCUGCAUGGAUCACGGCGUGGCGGAAGAGGGGUUGCCGCUGGGCUUCACCUUCUCGUUUCCCUGCCAGCAGCAGGGACUUUCGAAGGGCACCCUGGUGGCCUGGACCAAGGGCUUCAACUGCGACGGCGUUGUGGGUAAGAACGUGGUGGCUCUCCUCCAGGAGGCCAUCGAGCGCAGGGGCGACAUCAAAAUCAACACGGUGGCGCUGAUCAACGAUACGGUCGGCACCUUGAUGUCCUGCGCCUACUCACGUCCCAAUUGCCGGAUAGGAUUGAUCGUGGGAACUGGCAGUAAUGCCUGCUAUGUGGAGAAGACCGUGAAUGCCGAGUGCUUCGAGGGAUACCAGACGAGUCCCAAGCCCUUCAUGGUCAUCAACUGCGAGUGGGGCGCCUUCGGGGACAAUGGUGUCCUGGAGUUCGUUCGCACCUCCUACGACAAGGUGGUCGACAAGGUGACGCCCAAUCCGGGAAAGCAGACCUUCGAGAAGUGCAUUUCGGGCAUGUAUAUGGGGGAGCUGGUGCGCCUGGUACUCAUUGAAAUGAUUACGAAAGGCGUGAUGUUCCGCGGAGAUAGCUCCCAGAAGAUCUUCCAGCGCUGGAGCUUCAAGAGCGCCUACAUUUCGGACGUCGAAAGCGAUCCACCGGGAGAGUACCGUGCCUGCAAUAAGGUACUCAACGAUCUUGGAAUUAUUGGCAGCCAGGAACCGGAUAAGGAGGCUUUAAAGCUGAUCUGCGAAGCGGUUUCGUCGAGAUCUGCCAAGCUGUGUGCCUGCGGACUGGUCACGAUCAUCAACAAGAUGAACAUCAACGAGGUGGUCAUCGGGAUCGACGGCAGUGUGUACCGCUACCAUCCCAAGUACCACGACAUGCUCCAGUUCCACAUGCGGAAGCUCCUCAAGCCGGGCGUCAAGUUCGAACUGGUGGCUUCGGAGGACGGAUCCGGUAGGGGAGCAGCUCUGGUGGCGGCCACGGCUGUCAGCAGCAAGAACUAUAAAUUAUCAGUCUAACACCAGCACAAUCUGAAAUAUAAACAAGGGAAUCACAAAAUUGUGUUGAAAAAAUAGUACUUUAAUAUUAUUUUGUCCAGUAAAACAUGAUUCCCUAAAAAAUAUUCUUCCAACCUAUUUUAAAAGUAAGAAAUAAACAUGAACCUUUUCUAUCAAGGAUUUCAAAUUUGGCGCCAA